AGAAAGAAAAGAAAGAAAAGAAGGAAAAGAAGGCAGUAGAGUCUCCAGAAGAGGUUGAAGUCAAGGUAAAUUCAGUUGCGUGCAUGUCGUUGAAUGCGUCUGUUCAUGGCUGGUAUGACUAAAUGUCCGCAUUCAAGCAGGAGAAAAAAAAGAAGGACAAAAAGGAUAAAAAGGACAAGAAGGAAAAGAAAGACAAAGUAGCAAAGAAGGAGAAAGUUAGCAAAGGUGCGUUAAGAUCAUAUUGGAUGCUAACAACUUCAACACGAAGCUAAUUGAAGUGCGUUUGACCAUAGACAAGAAAGAGAAAAAGCGAAAACAUGAAUCCGACGAUGAAAGCGAGUCCAUGCCAGUUAAGAAGCUGGGCACUGAGGUCAAAGUGGGUAACUAUAUUGUAUUAUAAAAUCAUUACGAAAUAGGUGAAUGACCUCUUUCCGCUUUAAGUCGCCUUCCGCGGCAGAAGUCGCUGAGGAGUCUGGUCGAUGGAACGAUUGGUCUAAAGCAUCGUUUGGCGGUGACGAUGCCCAGAAGAACAAAUUUUUAAGGUUGUUGGGCGCAAAGAAAGCUGGCAAUGAUGCAGCUCCCACCCCACACGCUGGAUUAGGUGAUUCAUCUCAAAGCAGUCAUAGCGCAAUCGAUGCUGGAUUUAAGCAGAGAAUGAAUCAAGACCUUGAAAAGCAGUUCCAGGAUGGACUCAAGAUGCGAAAGCAGCAGUUUGGAGGUAAACGAGGUGGACUUGGAUGGUCAUGACGUGCUUAAAUCCAAGUGCAUGUAAGAUAGAGGAAAAAAUAAAGGCGGGUAGCCAAGUUCGUUUCGACGCCUGAUGUUUCCAUAUUUUUUUAUAUUGCGGAUGGGCG